AUGAAAUCCUAACUUAAAAAAGCAGUUUUUAUUGUCAAUUGUAAGUAUUGCUGUUUUAUCUUAGAAUAAAUUAAACAUAAGAGAAUAAAUGAAUAAUCUUUUGAAAUGGGGCUUUUCUGUAGAAAAAUUGUGAAGUAGGAAUAAAUAAUAGAUAAUUUUGAUAAGUUAUGCAGUUUAGAAGAAGCUUAGAAGACGAAUAAUUAAGAUGAAGAAAAAAGUAACAAAAUAUUAAUAUGGAUAAUUUAAUGUAUUGAACAAUUAAAAAUAGAUUUAGGAACAAAAUAAUUGAUGAAUAGAAAUAAGAUUUGAUUCUAGAAUGUUAAAUAGAAAAUUCAAUUCAAUACAUUAGUGGAGUAACAUUGGUAAUUAUUUUAAGAAUUAUUUAGAUUAAAGAAAUAAAUAAUUCAGAUUUAGCCUGA